AGCCCCCGAAUAGGUGUGAGUAGAAAUUACACAAGUGCAAUUCAAUUGGAUGCUUACGUGAAUUUGUAAAUUGAAGUAUUUUCCAUUUUUUCCAAAGGUGUGAAAGCAUCCUGAUUAGUCAACAGUGGUGACCCUGAACACAAUAGCAUGUUUUAUGGAUGGCAUUCAGUUUCCACUCAGUGAACUACCAUAAUUACAUUUAUGCUUGUCAAAGAUACGCACCCCACUUUCCAAUUUUCAUUUCAGCUGCAGGUUUAUUUUUUUUAAUCCCCCUUCAAAUCCGGUUAGGAUCCAAUUUAUUGUAAUGCAUCUAUCAGGCAGAUGCACUGUGGAGAAAAGCUUGGCUCACAAAUGAUAAGAUCAAGCAGGCACACAGUAUGUUCCCACUUCGGGCUCAGUAGUCACUGCAUUCAGGCACCAUGGACAGCAACAGCACGCUGUGGAGCUCCGAGAGACCACUUGCCAUCUUCCCCCGUGUAGGCUACAGCAUCAUCUCUUUCCUCAUGUUCAUCAACACCAUCCUGACGGUGUUCAACAACGGCCUGGUGAUCACUGUGUCCCUGAAGAACCCAUCUCUGCUGCACCCCAUGAAUGUGUUCAUCCUGAGCUUGGCCGUGUCUGACAUCAUGAUCGGCUUGUGUGGUUCACUGGUGGUCACCAUAACAAACUAUCACGGCUCCUUCUUCCUGGGACAUGCCACCUGUGUCUUCCAAGGGUUUGCUGUAAACUACUUUGGUUUGGUGUCAUUGUGCACAUUGACCCUGCUGGCGUACGAGCGCUACAACGUGGUGUGCAAGCCUCAAGCCGGCUUCAAGCUGAAGAUGAGGAGAAGCAUAACGGGCCUUCUCUUUGUAUGGGUAUUCUGCUUGUUCUGGGCCGUGGGCCCCUUGUUAGGGUGGAGCGGCUACGGGCCAGAGGGGGUGCAGACGUCCUGUUCUCUGUCCUGGGAGGAGAGGUCUUGGAGCAACUACAGUUACCUCAUUAUGUAUACACUCAUGUGCUUCCUGCUCCCAGUGGCUGUCAUCAUCUACUGCUACGUCAGAGUGCUCACAUCCAUGAGAAAGUUGAACAGGAGCGUGGAGGUGGAGUUGGGCUGUUCUUUGCAGAAAGAGAGCGAUCAUGCUACCAUCAUGGUCCUGGCUAUGGUUGUGGCCUUCUUUGUGUGCUGGCUACCUUACACCGUGUUGUCUGUGGUGGUGGUUCUGAAUCCACAACUCUACAUCCCUCCGCUGGUGGCCACCAUGCCCAUGUACUUUGCUAAGACCAGCCCUGUGUACAACCCCAUCAUCUACUUCCUGUCCAACAAGCAGUUUCGGGAUGCAACACUGGAGAUGUUGUCCUGCGGUCGCUACAUUCCCCAUGGUUCCUCCAGCGGUGUCAGCAUCAGCAUGACGCCCGUGACCCGGAGGAGCCAGAUGGUCUCCUGUAGCAACAGGAUCAACAGGAAAAGCAAGGUGUUGCCUCUGUGAUAUAUUCACAAAUGGUCGUGUGAUGGCUUGUUAAGGACACAAUGACAAGUCUGUGCAAGUUUUUUUUUUUUUCUUGUCCAAGUGGUACGGUGUGGUUGACAGCUGAUGGACAGAAGGAGGACAAAGGAACCAAUCGGAGGCCUUCUGGUACACACUCAUGCUAUCCAAGACAAACUGAGUGUUAUUUUCCUCACUCUUUUCUCUGUGCCUGUUAGAAUAGUGAAGAUAAGUCCAUUGCAUUAUACCCAAUGGCCACUCUGUUAGGUGCACCUGUACGUUUAAUCCAGGGCGCAAUUUUCUUUAUUUUUUAAAAUCAGUUGAGUACCAAGUACUUUUUUGUUUUUACAUAUGCAUGGCGUUUUAGAAGAAUUACUUUAAUCAUACAACGUUUAGUACAAAUCAAAAGUUUAGACACACUUGCUUUAGACAUACUAUUGAAUGGGUGGAUGUGUCAAAACCUUUGACUGUUACUAUACACUAUUUCUGUUCAUGUCACUAUUAUAUAGUAAUUGCAAUAGAAUACUUGUUAAAAGUUUGGACACACUUUCCCAUGUUCAAUGCGAAGAUGUGUUUAAUCCUUUGACUUACAGUAUAAUGUAUUUAGUCUAAUAUGUGGAGUGAGGGGAAAGAGGAGCUAAAUAAUACAUAUUGUGUUAAUCUAAUCCCAGAUUUGGCAUAUGGUUCAUCUUAAUCUUACAUUUGAAGCAAAGAGCAUUUCACACUUUUAUCACCAAACAGGAUUACAAAAUGUCACGCUGUAAUCCGUCAGCAUGGCUCCUUUUAGUACCUCAGUCCAUUCUACCAGUCAUCCUUCCAUCUGUCGGCUUCAUUUUAUUUUGUUAACGUGAGUGCAGUUCGUAUGGUAUUACUCAAAUAAGGCCCAGGCCGGAGCCUAGCCCAGUUGUCUGGGCAAGAGGCGGGGUACACCCUGGACUGGUCGCCAGCCAAUCACAGGGCACAUAUAGACA